AUGGGGGUGAGGAGGUUAGUGCGGGUGAUGGGGGUGAGGAGGUUAGUGCGGGUGAUGGGGGUGAGGAGGUUAGUGCGGGUGAUGGGGGUGAGGAGGUUAGUGCGGGUGAUGGGGGUGAGGAGGUUAGUGCGGGUGAUGGGUGAGGGUUAUGGGGGGGUGAGGAGGUUAGUGCGGGUGAUGGGGGUGAGGAGGUUAGUGCGGGUGAUGGGGGUGAGGAGGUUAGUGCGGGUGAUGGGGGUGAGGAGGUUAGUGCGGGUGAUGGGGGUGAGGAGGUUAGUGCGGGUGAUGGGGGUGAGGAGGUUAGUGUGGGUGAUGGGGGUGAGGAGGUUAGUGCGGGUGAUGGGGGUGAGGAGGUUAGUGCGGGUGAUGGGGGUGAGGAGGUUAGUGCGGGUGAUGGGGGUGAGGAGGUUAGUGCGGGUGAUGGGGGUGAGGAGGUUAGUGCGGGUGAUGGGGGUGAGGAGGUUAGUGCGGGUGAUGGGGGUGAGGAGGUUAGUGCGGGUGAUGGGGGUGAGGAGGUUAGUGCGGGUGAUGGGGUGA